GACAUAUUUCUGACAGAUGGCGUGUAUAUGUUAAUUCUCAAUGAAGUCUACAGAUACUUCCCUCAGGAGCAGGUCCACAUUGUUUAUGCAGAAAACUUCAUAAAAGACCCCGUCGACGAACUCAACCAAUUAGAAGAUUUCCUGGGGGUGCCAAAGGUGAUCACCCGCAGUAUGUUCAUUUAUAACAACACAAAACAACUCUUUACUAAAUUUGUGAGACUUGACGGCUCUAUUCACGUGAUGAAAUAUACCAAAGGGAGGCCUCACCCACAGCUGGAGGACAUAUUCUACGAUAAACUUCAUGAAUUUUACAAGCCGUUUAAUGAGAAAUUGUUUGCUAUGAUUGGGAAAACGUUUGAUUGGAAUUACAGAGGAAAGAAUUACACCUCGGACUAAAAUUAAGAGGAAUGACAGAGGAAAGAAUUGCAACAAUUUGAUUGAUAAAAAGAUUAUACAGUGAAACCUGCGAAGUGGAACACCUCUGUAAGUGAAACA